AAGUGAAAGUCCCAAACAGAGCAAAGAGCUGAUGGUGAAAUGGCGUCUGAACAGGAAUUGGAGAACCUGAGAAAUGAAGCCACUUGUUCAAUCUGUCUGGAGUUUUACACAGAUCCGGUGAUUAUAGACUGUGGCCACAACUUCUGCAGAGACUGUAUUUUACAGUGUUGGGGCACAGGUCAAGAAAGUGUGUCCUGUCCACAGUGCAGGCAGCAGAUUCCCCAGAGGGGUGUUCGGCCCAACAGAACUCUGUCUAACAUGGUGGAGAGUGUUCAGAGACUGAGCCUGAAUCCGAGGCUGGAAGAGGUGGGAAUCCAGUGUGAAGAGCAUGAGGAGAAGCUGAAACUGUUUUGUGAAACGGAUCAAAGAGCGAUCUGUGUGGUCUGUGCGAUGUCCCGUGAUCACAAGGAUCACACAGUCAUUCCCAUUAAGGAAGCUGCUGAGCUCCACAAGCAAAAGCUGCAGAAAGCCCUGGAAACCCUUCAGAAACAGUUGGAUGAAAUGUCUCAGUGUCAGAGAGAAGAAGGAGCAGCUGAACUGGAAGUGAAGAGACAAGCCGAGCGUCUGAGGAAGAACAUCGACGCUGAAUUUGCUGAACGUCACCAGCUGCUGACUGAGGAGCAGCGAGACCUGAUCACCAAACUCAGACAGCAGGAGGAGGCCAUCUUAGGACAAAUAGAAAACAAUAAGAGUGACAUUUCCAAGCAAAUUACUUCUAUUAACCAGAGAAUAGCAGAAAUCCAGACAAGACUGACUCUCCAGAACACCGAAUUCCUGAAGGAUAUCAAAUCCAUCAUUGCCAGGUCUGUAAUCUUUCCUUACGUCCAUCUAGUUAGUGACAUUCCCUAAUCGCUUUGUGUAGCAGAAAUUGCUAUUAGUCACAGAGAAACAUUUGUGUGAGAGAGCCCAGAACAUUACAUAUGUCCAAUCUAUCUUCAAAUUGUACAGGGAAUUGUGAUGAUAAUAAUAAUCCUAUCAUUUGAUAGAGUGCUUUAUCAGAUCUUAAUAGAAUAUGCCAUAAAGGGAACUAAUUAUAUAUUUUUGGGAGAAACAAUGCAGUCCAUUGCGCACAGCAGUGUCCCGAA